CAUUACACAAACAUACACCGGUUUGUACAUUGUCCUAGGAAGGAAACCGUAUGCAGCCUCCGCCUAAAGACGUCUGGUUACCGGGGCGGAGCCAUCAGUGCGGCUGGAGUGUGUGUGCCACACGGGAGACAUGGCACUGCUUGCCAGGCUGAACUGCAGGGAGUACAAGAACUGGAUGAAGGCCGGCCACUGCCUGCUGAUUCUGCAGAGCCGCCUGCAGGGCUACAUAGACGGGGAGAUGCAGAGGUUUCACCAGCAGCUGGGCAUCAGGGCGCCCAGACAGAGGAGGAGAUGUCAGUGCCGUGCCAGAGGGAAGCAGUUUGAGCCCGGUUGUCCAGUGUGUGCAGUGUGGAAAGAACUCAUUCUAGCUCACCAUAACAACAGAAAUGGAGAAAUCUACUGGGGAAACAGCAACCCGUCACUGUGGCCUACACAUUACUGGGAAGUGGCUAAGGUGUAUAUGCCACGUGGACAAGCCCAGAUCAGAGGACCUAAGCAGUGUGAUGCAGCAGCUCUUCUCAACCUGAUAAAUAAUUGUGAUUAUUUUAGAGUACCAAACUUAUCGAGGGUUAGAGAGAUAAUAAAGUGCCGAAAUGAGUUGAUGCAUUCUUGUGAUAUGACGGUCUCGACUCCUUGGUUAACAGCCUUUGGACAAAAGAUGUACGAUCUAGUUACAGAAUUCAAACAUGUGCCUGGCCUUGUAAGAGAAUGUGACAAAAUGCAGGAGGUUCUCUUGACGGAUUGGAACGUUGAAGAUUUAGGCAUAAAUGAGUUUGAUGGACUACCUCCUGCAGGAAAAUUUGUUCUGCAGGGGCCUGUAGCGCAAAUGGCUGCCAGUUUAUCCAGUUUAUCUCCAUAUGAAGUUGAGAUACAAUUGAUACAGGAGCUGAUCCAAGAAAUGUAUCUAGAGAUAGAGGAACAAAGUUCACUGACUAAAGAGGAUGAGGACAAAGUCAGCAAAAUAAAGAACUUCUUGUGCCAAAAUGAAGAUCUCAAAUUUGCUUUCCAAAAAGACAUAAAGAAGCUUGACAGCUUGUGUAAGACUCAUGAUGCAGAAGGCUGGAGUUACACACAGCUGUCUGCUUCAUUUUUCACAGUGUUUAGUUUGGUGAUUUUAACAGCAAUUUUUUUAGGUCAAAAAAACUGAGGCCAGACGUUAACGUGUAUAGAAAUGGAUUGAAGAGUCUCCACACAGCAUUUUGGUGUUUUUGAGGCAUUUUUGUAAUUAUUGCUCUGUACUACAGAAGAGCACGGCAUUAUCAUGAUGGAUAAUGCUGUGUGCCUCUGCCUGACCUUUCUAUAAUGGAAUCAUACUGACGGCUUUAUCUCAGUAUGGUUCAGUCACAAAAAGGUCAGCCAGAGGCACACAGCAAUCAUGAUAAUGCCGUGCUCUUCUGUAGUCCAGACUGCACGAUCUCUCUGUCCCGGAACGUGAUUCCCACAAGGAAACGCUCAUGUGAAAGAGCCCUUAGGGUACAACUAUCUGUGGCAGGUCUGCUGC